UAAAAGAACCAAAUUGAAAAGAGAUAAAUGGAAAAAGGUGAAGACAGUCGCAGGUUUAGCUUGGACUCUUUAAAAAUCAAACAAUUCGAUUCUGAAAAAGAUGUUUAUUAAAAUAAUGAAUAGUUCACAGGAAUGUAUAAUCACGAGUAAGAAAUGAAUCAAUAAAUUGAACAAACAAAUAUGGGAGUAAAUUCUUUAUCACCUCAUGAGGAAUAAAUUUACAGUUAAUAAAUGGCAAACGAAAGUAAAAAUAAAUAAAAUUAAUUUAUCAAAGAGAAUUAUUAGCAAAGUUAUUAGUUUGCUGAAUAUGGGACAAACAAAUAUAUUCAUGGCGAUAAACUCGUUAUUGAAUGCAACACAAAUAGUGUACCAAAUCCUUUAUCAAACUCAAGCAUAAAUAGUCAUAAUAACAAUCCAAACAAUUAAAAAGCUGAUUUUUAGGGUUAAAAUUAGAAUGAAAAUAAUUAUGCAGGAAAAUCAGUAAAUCAUACAGAUGUGCUUGAAGAAGAUGAUGAAAAUAUUUCGUUUGGUGACCAAUCGCCGCAUAGAAAUAAAUAAUAAAAUUAGUAAAUGAGUAAAUAGUAAAAUGAUUACUAUAACGGUUCGAAAAACAGUUAGAAUUAUUACAAUUAUGGAAAUUCUGAUAGAAUUUAUUCACCAUUUUAAUUUAAGAAUGUUUCAUAAGAGUAUGAUGACAUGCUAGAAGAUCAAUAAAGAAGAGGUAGUGGAGGCAUCACUUUAAUAAGCCAGUCAUAACUUUAUGCAAGAGAUUCUAUUAGGAAUGUGGAUAGUGUCACUGAAAGAGUGCAUGUUUCUUAAGAUUAAUUAGAGAAUAAUUAAAUAAGCACAUUUGACUAAGAUAAUAAUAAGUAGUUCCCCUUUUUAAAUAAGUAACAAGGAUAGCAAAGAUAAUACCAAAAUCAAAAUCAGUAUGAGGAAUAUGAUAAUUAAUUCUAAAAGCUUAUAAAAAUGAGAACUUGUCCUUUAGAUGAGAAAUAUCCUAAUAAUGAAAACAAAAAUAGAAUGCCUCUUUAUAAUUACAGACUAAGCAAUGAACUAGUCGUUUCUGAAUAUAACAGCUAAUCAGAAAACUUAGAAAGAAAGAAGAGUAGUGACUCAGAUUUAUAAUGUAAAAACUUACAGAAUACAAAUAUGUAAAACUUAUACACUUUUAGUCCAAGAAUAGAAAACAAUAACUAAAAUAAGACUCAGAAACAAAUGAAAGAAGGGAAUUAAAAUGGACAGGUGGUUAAUGAGAAUAAAAGCAAUAAGAAAUUAAAUUUAGAUAAAACACAAGAUAAAGAUAAUAAGAGCUAAGUUUAGUAACAAAGAGAUCAAAAGAUAAAUUAAUAAAAAAGAAAGGAAUAAAUUGAUCAAAUAGAUGAAACAGAUAAAUAAGAUAUUUUAAAUGAUAUAUAAAUUAAAUGUUAGAUAAAAGAACAUGAUGGAGAAAAGAUUAUUAUGGUUUGUGUGGAUCCUUACUGUGAGGCAUAGUAUAGAUUAUGCUGUGGCUUUUGCAAUAAAUUGCAUUCUAAACAUAUACAUUAGCUAAUGAGGCUGUAGGAAUAUAGGUAUAAGAUUUUGCAAUCUAGCAAGAUUCUUGGAAAAUCAGAGUAAGAACAAGAUAAAAAAGAGAAAGAUGCUAACAAAAUUAAUCACAAGGAAUUAUUGUAUUUGUGUAUGCAAAGAUAGAACUAGCUUUAUUAAGAGAUCAAAAAACAUUUGGAUAGCACUUUCCUACAAAUUCAAAAGCUUGUUGAAGAUAAAGAGAAGAAUAUACUUUCAUAUAUUUCUUCUUAUGAUGAAGAAUACAAUUAUUACUUAGAAAAGCUAUAAAAAUUACAAUAAAAAGAUUAUUUUUCACUAACAAAUAAAGAUUUUUUAAAGUUAUUUAAUUUCUAGAAAUCGCCUGAAAAGUUUCUUGAACAUCAAACUAUAAAUGAUAAUUGUAGGAAAAAGUAAUUAUCAGAAUUAGAUGAUAUAGUUUAUGAUUAUUAUGUUGAUUUGUAAGAUAUUUUUAAAGACUGUUUAGAGUAAUCUAAUAAUCUCUUGUAUGAUCUACUUUUAAAGUUGACUUCCAACAAUAUUGUUGCUACCCAAGCUAGAUCAACUACGCCUUAAAAUGUGUCAAGUAGAAAAGUAAACCAAUUCAGUACUCCUGAUAAAAAAGGUACUUAGGAAUAAACAACAUCUGCUAAUAGAAAUUCUUAAUCUCCCUUACAAAAAUUCAUUAAUAGGACAGCAAAAAGUUUAUUAGUCAUUAACAGUAACAAUAACCACAUGGUUGAAAAAGGUAUUCCUGGUCAUAAAAGAUUAGAAGAGUUACCUCAAUGGUGCUCUUAAAUGCAGCAUGUUACCAGAGCAUUAAAAAAAUUUGGUCCAUACAAAUUUGAAAAUGUCAAACCUAAAUCAAUAAAUUUGGGAAUGCAGCAAAACAUCAAAUCAGAAAAUGUUUACAUAGGUGACUGGGUAAAUUUUAUGAGGGAAGGAAAUGGAAUUGAAUAUUCUAAAAAAGACUAAACCUACUACGAAGGACAAUGGAAAUCUAAUUUAAAGCAUGGAAAUGGUCGAUUAGUUUGUAGGAAUGACAUAGUGUAUGAAGGCUAGUUCGAAGGUAAUAAAAAGUAAGGUUAUGGGGUUCUUUAUUAGUUUGGAGGAAAAAGAUAUGAAGGUUAGUGGAGCAAUGAUUUACCUAAUGGUAAUGGCAUUUAAUAUUAUCCUAAUGGGGAUAUAUUUGAAGGAGAGUUUUAAAACGGUGUUAAGUAAGGAAGUGGAACAUUUAAAUAUUUUGAUGGUUCUACUUUAUCAGGUAGCUGGGUAAAAGAUCAAGCAAAUGGUGCUUGCACAUAUUUCAAAAUAGAUGGCUCAAAAUACGAAGGUGAAUAUAAAAAUGGUAAAAAGCAUGGUUUUGGAACAUUUAUAUGGAGUGAUGGAAGAAAAUAUGUAGGACAUUGGGAAAAUGGUGUAUAAGAUGGUGCAGGCUUGUACACUAACUCUAAAGGCAUAACUGUUCAAGGAAUUUGGAAGAAUGGUAAAAAAAUUCAAUAAAAUGAUUCAGAUUUUAAUAAAUUUAUUGUUAGAUGA